GCGGAGCGACGGCUCUGCCAUCGGCUCGUCGGGGCUGCUCGGCAGGCUGUGUAGCCGUGCGGGGCGGCAGCGAUUGGUCAGGUCCGGAUGCGAGAUGGCGGCGAACGCGACCACAAACCCUUCCCAGCUGCUGCCGCUCGAACUUGUGGACAAAUGCAUAGGUUCCCGCAUUCAUAUUGUGAUGAAAAGUGAUAAAGAAAUUGUUGGAACGCUUCUAGGAUUCGAUGACUUUGUCAAUAUGGUGUUAGAAGAUGUUACGGAAUUUGAGAUUACACCUGAGGGCAGAAGAAUCACAAAGCUAGACCAGAUUUUGCUAAAUGGAAACAAUAUAACAAUGCUGGUUCCUGGAGGGGAAGGACCUGAAGUAUAAAUUGAUACAGUUGUCAUCUAUGAAGACAUGUGUUAUGUAUAUGUAUAUAGUAGAGCUGUGGGGGUGUGGGUGUGGGUGGGUUUGGUGUGGGUUGUUUUGUUUACACACUCUUGCAAUUGGCAUUUGGUAAGAGACAUGGAUUUCCUCUUUAGGAAAGGUACAUUGCUAAUGAAGGUGCUAACUUUGUAAGUUGAAAUAAUGCCUUUCUUGUAAAGAUGCAAGAUCUGUUCUGAAUAAAAGGCUUUCUGUUUGUUA